AUGAUUCCGACAAGAAGCCUACUGGCGCGAUCAGUGUGGAAGGGCCCCAAUCUCGUCCCUCUCCCUCUUCCCCGCCAAAUCCCUCCUCCACCGGGCACACCACCCAUCAAAACACAAGCCCGCAGCGCAACGAUAUUACCCAACUUUGUUGGAUUGCGUUUCUCAGUACAUAAUGGGAAGAUAUAUCAGGAUGUGUUGAUUACGGAGGAUAUGGUUGGACGGAAGUUGGGGGAGUUUGUGCCGACUCGGAAACGAUUUACGUAUAAGCAAUCGAAGAACAAAUAG